AUGGCUGCCAUACAUCAAGAACGAGGACUUCGUCAAGAUGAUCCCUCGUCUUCACUUCUUUGCAACUUUGCUUUGGAAGGGCUACUAUACCAUAUUAUCCAAGACAGUUCAAUUAUCGGGUAUGCUCCUCUUAUUCCGGGAUUUCAAGAAAGAAAUGAGAUAUACAACUCUCCGGAAACCCUCAAAGUGUUGGCUUAUGCAGAUGAUGUAUGUGUAUUGCUUCAAUCUUUCAAUGACUUUAAUCGCGUCCAAACCCAUUUAUCCAACUAUGAUUAUGUAUCUAAUGCUAGGCUGAAUAUGAUUAAAAUAGAGGCUCUUUCUUUGAAUGGUCGACCACAGCCGGAAUGGGCUCACUUCUUAGAGCAGCAUCAGAUUAUCAAAUGA